CUACCGAAACACAACGCCAAGAGAGUUGUUGUUUGGCGCCUUUACGGGGCCGGUAAGUUUUUUUAGGAUUUCGCCACCUAUUCAGGCGAAAAGCAAUUUAUAUUUAGUGAAAUGGGUGACAAAGGCGAUGGAGAAGCCUUCGACGAUGCAGUAGAGGAGAGAGUCAUCAACGAAGAAUACAAGAUAUGGAAAAAGAACACUCCGUUCUUGUACGAUUUGGUGAUGACACAUGCGCUGGAAUGGCCCUCUCUGACCGCGCAGUGGCUUCCCGACGUCACCAGACCUGAAGGAAAAGACUAUUCUGUGCACAGGUUGAUCUUGGGCACGCAUACAUCAGACGAACAAAACCACCUGCUGAUAGCGAGUGUUCAGCUCCCAAAUGAAGAUGCACAGUUUGAUGCCAGCCACUAUGACAAUGAUAAAGGUGAAUUUGGAGGCUUUGGAUCAGUAUCUGGUAAGAUUGACAUUGAGAUCAAGAUCAACCAUGAAGGGGAAGUAAACCGAGCACGCUACAUGCCUCAAAACCCGUGUGUCAUUGCUACUAAGACACCUUCCUCAGACGUGCUGGUGUUUGAUUAUACCAAGCAUCCAUCUAAACCUGAACCUUCAGGGGAAUGCCAUCCUGACUUGAGACUGAGGGGGCAUCAAAAAGAAGGUUAUGGUUUAUCGUGGAAUCCAAAUCUCAAUGGCUACCUCCUUUCAGCCAGUGACGAUCACACAAUCUGCCUGUGGGACAUUAACGCGACGCCAAAGGAGGGGCGCGUGAUUGAUGCCAAGUCAGUGUUCACCGGUCACACGGCAGUUGUCGAAGACGUCGCCUGGCACUUGCUGCACGAAUCCCUCUUUGGUUCAGUAGCUGAUGACCAGAAGCUUAUGAUUUGGGAUACUAGAUGUAACAACACGUCGAAACCGUCGCACACAGUGGACGCCCACACCGCGGAGGUAAACUGCCUUAGUUUCAACCCUUACUCAGAGUUCAUUCUCGCUACGGGCAGUGCUGACAAAACGGUCGCAUUAUGGGAUCUCCGUAAUUUGAAAUUGAAGCUGCAUUCAUUCGAGUCGCACAAAGACGAGAUCUUCCAAGUGCAGUGGUCGCCACACAACGAAACCAUACUCGCAAGCAGUGGCACAGACAGGAGACUGCACGUAUGGGACUUAUCAAAGAUUGGCGAAGAACAGACGGCAGAGGACGCUGAAGACGGGCCGCCGGAGCUGCUGUUCAUCCACGGAGGACACACUGCCAAGAUUUCAGACUUCUCAUGGAACCCCAACGAACCGUGGGUCAUUUGCUCUGUCUCAGAAGAUAAUAUCAUGCAGGUAUGGCAAAUGGCGGAAAACAUUUAUAACGACGAGGAGCCAGAGACUCCGGCGUCCGAACUGGAGUCGGGCGUAAACGUGAACCACGGCUAGCCGUCCGCCUCCUCACCCGCAACUCCCCCCGCGCUGGCCCUCGCCCCCGCCGACUGCGACUAAGCCGACAUCAGUACGUACAAUGUGUACACUACAGAUAUCAUAGAUUGUUACUCUGAUGCAGUGAUAACAGGAUCUGCUUAGUCUAUUCAAUUUAAGAAUACAAUAUCUUAUUGAAACCACGGGAUUAGUUCAAUUACUACUUCAUUUUAAUCCAACUAUAGUGUACCUUCUUAAACGACAGAUUCUAUUUUCUAUUAGCC